AACAAAGCUUUUGACGAAUUUUCUAUAUCUUUGAUACGUGUAUCAGCUAAUGUCUUUAUCGGUAACUUAGAAGACGAUCUGGUAUCUUUUUUCCGCGCCCUUAAAAUAUAUUUGAUGUUUCAUUCAAAGUGCAUGGAUUUUUAAUGGCUUAAGCGCGAAAGAAAACAGAAUAUUACACUUAAAUAAUAUAAUUUUAAAUACAACAAAUGGUUUCAGAAAUGUUGUUAAAAGUGUUUGUAAUAUUGAUAGGUGUUAGUUGACGUACAGAACGAGGAAAGAAUAAUAUGGGAUAUACAUGUACAGUAGGAAUUUGCCUAUUGUUUAUUAGCGCUGUACAAAUUUUAAGUGGAGAAGUGAUAUCGAAAUGUGGUUCAGGUAAAUGCUUAAACAACACUGUAUGUUGUCCCGGUGAGAAGGAAUGUUGCACUGACAUUGACCAUUGUUGCGGAGAACACUGUUGUCGCAACGGUUUCGAGUGUUGCCAUGGUAGCCCAAGGUGCUGUAAAUCGUCAUCUAGUUGUUGCGGGGAUUCCUUGUGUUGCCCGGAAAAUUCAACUUGUUGUCCGAACAAGAAACAUUGUUGUCCAGUAGGGUACACGUGUUGUGACGCAACAAAUGGAUGUUGUCCUGAAAAGUCUCAAUGUUGUGGAAAAUAUUGUUGUGCUGAAAAUACGCAAUGCUGUCCGAAUGGCACCGGGUGUUUUAAAAAAGGAUAUCAUUGCUGUGGCAAUGGUUUGGCUUGCCCAGAAGGGAACUCAUGUUGCGGGAAGGAGUGUUGUAUGGGUGGAUAUAAAUGCUGCGGUACUGAAUGUUGCCCGGCCAACACAGGUUGUUGUGGAAACACUUGUUGUAACAUAACAAAAACCGCAUUUAUUUCGCGGGUUACUAUUUCUGGAAGUAAUUCAUUCAAACAAUCAGGUUCAGUCACAGACAAUGUUUACAACAAACCAACCAAACAGCCUGAUAUAAAUCGUGACAGCCAAUCAUCGGAGCCGUUAGACACAACCUCUGAAUGGACGUAUUUGAUUUUCCCAAUAGCCGGAAUACUUGCUGUGAUAAUUGUGCUUAUUGCUUGUUGUGUUGUAAUUAAAAGAUCGUCGGGCGGCGGUGGUGUGACGGUGAAAGUCCGAGAGUAUGCACAGAAAAUGAAAGAAAUUAUAGUGAAAAGCUAUUAAAUUUUUACACACGUAUUUCACAUAGAAACACUAUUAUA